AUGCUUAGACUGGAGGCGCCGAUUCAGGUGACUCCGCCGGGGCCCCUUCCAUCAUAUGUACAUCGGAAAUCGGAUUCACUCGUUAAUUCUGCCAUUUCAGGAUAUAGAGAUGCGUUAUCCGAAGAUUCAUGGGCUGUUGAUAAUGCAUUGACCGAGCAUGUUUUGAGUUAUAGUGAUGAUGCAGGCCCUUCGUCAGCUUUUCCAUUGCAGACUGGAAAUGGACCACGCAAGAAGCCUGGGGCCGAACAGAGCCACCCUGGGCUCAUGCCAACAAGCCAUGUGUUUUCGGGACUAUCUGGAAACCCUUCAGACCUAGGCGAAAAUGAAUCAACUUAUACAACGCCGCUAAGCUUUUUCGAGUCUGUGUUGUCAGAGUCCACCCACACCCCGCAAUCAAGCUCUUUAGAUAUGUGGGUAUUGGGAGACGAAGCAAAAGCUUUGGGGGAGGCACUGAGUCUGGUGGCUUCACAUGGGACACCUUCUGCGUUGCCUGGUAGUAGCGAAAAGGCCAAGGCGCAGGCAAAAGGCCUUGGGUCCUUAUCCGGCAUCUCAGCUGGGGGCAGGCUGCAAGCGAACGCUUCGCUUCAACCAUUUACACAGGAACAUCCCAUUGCUCCUAGACACGGAAUGGGAGGACGCGUCCUAGAAUCAACUGUUCUUCGGAGCCUAUUGUCAUCAACGCUUUCCACGAGUGCCAUCCCUCCUUCGUCAGAUACUGAGGAUGAGGCCACGAUGAAUGAAGAAAAAUCAUCUGAGCAGUCGGUAUCUGGGCGGGCCCAGUCUGCACUGGAGGACCUCCUUGCUUCGGUUGGAUGGCUUGAUGAAAUGCUACGUGGGGUGCCUGAUCACCUCCUCGAAGCACAUCCGUUUUACCGUCACCCAGGAGAACAUCCAAGUCCCAGCAGAACCUAUAACGACAAAAAUGCUGAACCUUAUCGUACUGGUUAUCCAAACAUAGUCCCGUUGCUUGCGGAAUGCAGGCUUCUACUGAAGAAGCCGUGGCUGGCCUUAGAAGAUAUGGAGGUGCUCUUAGACUAUACUGAGCGCCUGAGCGGAUAUGCAUCCGGCGUCAUGCCGGCUCACAGUCGAUUUCUCACGACGUCAUUUGGUGUAGAAACCAUGGGAAGGGUGUUUCUUGUUCUCGAUAUGCUACACUGCGCAGCAGAAGUUCUUGGGCAAAGUUCCGAAAAGGAUCAGUGGUGGCCCGGAAUAGUACUUCACAUAGAAAAUGCGAGAUAUCGCCGCAGGUCUAGAGUACCACCAAGGCCGUGCUGGAGUUAUCCCCUCUUAGUUGCAAUGGACGCUGCGUUGGACUUCUAUCGAAUUGGGGAAAGACCUCCCUUGCGUCUUGUCAUUGCAAUAAAGCUAGCCCUUUUUCUCUCACCCAUGAAGACGAGGUUCAAUAAGCCUAAGUGGGACCCUUGGAGAGAAGACGCUAAAGAGUGGCUCCAGUCGAUCAAGGCAAGCAAACAAGGGGGUGAUCAAUCGACAAAACAACCAACAGGUUGA